GCAGAAAAGUAGCAGCACUUUUUGCAGCUGCUGUUGGUGUGUGUGUGUUCGGUGUGUUCCUGUUCCGUUGUAAAGCAGCAGCCCGUCUUCUAGCAGCAGAGCCCCCUCAGAAGCCCGGACCAGCAUUAACAACCCAACAAAUGCAAAUUGGUUUCAAUUCUUGUGCGUGACACGUUCUUUUUUUAUAUCAUCAUCAAUUAAAAGCACACACACAUUCGAAACAAGCACGCACAGACAGGAAAAUACAUACAUACAUACAUAUAUUUUUAGGCAACACACAAACACACAUUUCGAUUGGAAACCCCCAAAAAGUAUUGUUGUAUAAACGUAGUUUCGAGAGAUCAAGUAAAAGAGAGCGAGAGAGUAAAAAUGCCGUCGGACGCUAAGAAACGUGAUGCGCAACGCAAAAAGGAUGCGCGCAACAAGAAGAUCCAACAAAUACCAUCCACGAAGAAGACGAACGGUCAAGUGGAACGUGAGUUGACCGAGGAGGAGAAACUGUGCGCCAAAUUGGAGGAGGAGGCACGCAUCAGUGCCGAGGCACGAUCCUGCACAGGAUCAUUGGCGGUGCAUCCGCGAUCGCGUGAUGUGAAGAUUGCCAACUUUUCGAUAACGUUCUUUGGCUCGGAGCUGCUGCAGGACACAAUGCUCGAGUUGAAUUGCGGACGUCGCUAUGGUCUAAUCGGUCUCAAUGGCUGUGGCAAAUCAUCGCUGUUGGCGGUGCUCGGUGGUCGUGAGGUGCCGAUACCACCACAUAUCGAUAUAUUCCAUUUGACGCGCGAAAUUCCAGCGAGCUCAAAGAGUGCGCUCCAGUGCGUCAUGGAGGUGGAUGAGGAGCGCAUUAAGCUCGAGAAACUCGCCGAGGAGCUGACCAUGAGCGAUGAGGAUGAUGCCCAGGAGCAGCUCAUGGACAUCUAUGAGCGACUCGACGAUAUGUCCGCCGAUCUGGCCGAGGUCAAGGCAGCUCGCAUUCUCCACGGUCUUGGCUUCGACAAGGCCAUGCAACAGAAGCAGGCCAAGGACUUUUCCGGUGGUUGGCGCAUGAGAAUUGCUUUGGCUCGCGCUUUGUUUGUGAAGCCUCAUCUCCUGUUGUUGGAUGAGCCGACGAACCAUUUGGAUCUGGAUGCUUGUGUGUGGCUGGAGGAAGAAUUGAAGACCUAUAAACGUAUCCUGGUGCUGAUAUCGCAUUCACAGGAUUUCCUCAACGGUGUCUGCACAAACAUCAUUCAUUUGACCAGCAAACGCCUGAAAUAUUACACUGGCAACUAUGAGGCAUUUGUUCGCACACGCAUGGAACUCCUGGAGAAUCAAAUGAAACAGUACAACUGGGAGCAGGAUCAAAUCUCGCAUAUGAAGAAUUAUAUUGCACGAUUCGGUCACGGUUCUGCCAAAUUGGCAAGACAGGCACAGUCCAAGGAGAAGACAUUGGCCAAAAUGGUCGCUCAGGGUCUCACCGAAAAGGUCACCGAUGACAAGAUCCUCAAUUUCUACUUCCCCUCCUGCGGCAAGGUGCCGCCACCUGUGAUUAUGGUGCAGAAUGUAAACUUCCGUUACAACGAUGAAACGCCUUGGAUCUAUAAGAACCUUGAGUUUGGCAUUGAUCUGGACACUCGUCUGGCGCUGGUGGGGCCCAAUGGUGCUGGCAAAUCGACGCUGCUGAAGCUGCUCUAUGGCGAUCUGGUGCCCACAUCCGGCAUGAUCCGCAAGAAUUCCCAUCUGCGCAUCGCCCGCUAUCAUCAGCAUCUGCACGAGCUGCUCGAUCUGGACGCCAGUCCGCUGGAGUACAUGAUGCGCGCCUUUCCCGAUGUCAAGGAGAAGGAGGAGAUGCGUAAGAUCAUUGGACGUUAUGGUUUGACGGGACGGCAACAGGUCUGUCCCAUACGUCAGCUGUCGGAUGGACAGCGUUGUCGUGUUGUGUUCGCCUGGUUGGCCUGGCAGGUGCCACAUCUGUUGCUGCUGGACGAACCUACCAAUCACUUGGACAUGGAGACUAUCGAUGCACUCGCAGAUGCCAUCAAUGAUUUCGAUGGCGGCAUGGUUUUAGUUAGUCACGAUUUCCGUCUCAUCAAUCAGGUGGCCGAGGAAAUUUGGGUGUGCGAAAAGGAGACGGUGACCAAAUGGAAGGGCGGCAUUUUGGACUACAAGGAUCAUUUAAAGAACAAGAUCACCUCGGAGAAUGAGAAGAAAGCCAAGGCGGCAAAAUAAAUUGAUAUUUACACAAAACACACAAACACACACACAGACAGACAGACAGGCACACUCACACACACACACACACACACACAUACAACCACACAGGCUUACAGGCAUAUGUUAAUUCAAUAUUUGUCUCUCUCUCUAACUUUUGUGUACGUUAUGCGAAAUUAGUUUUGAGUUUACACUACGCUAUAGUCAAGUCAUGUAAACUAUAACUAUUGAAGAAAACAAAACAAAUAAACAACAGCUACACAUCAACAACCACACAAACACACAACAUAACAACAAACAAUACACACACAAAGAAACAACAAAUUUAUAGGUGAAUUUUUUUGAUUUUCUGUGUCGAUUUAAAUUUAAUAAAAUGUGAGACAAAAACAAAACCAAUUACAACAACUAUAAACUGCUUGUGAUCUUAAGCGUAAGCCACA